AUGCCUUCCUUUGGAGGAAUGUUCCGCUCUUUUUGGCAUACAAUGAUCUCCAGUGACCGCCAUGCGUCCCACGACUCUCCCUACCGCACGGGCCAGCAUAUGCCUCUUAACCAAAGCCGUCAUGCUCCCCUUACAUCAGUGGCCACCAGCGCCGUAGAAUCUCGUCCAGACCUGAGCUCACCGUACGGCGAUGAUACCUCCGCGCAAUUUACGCCAGCUCUACAAAAUGGCGACGCACGCGCACCAGGCAGUCCUGGCGCGGGUCCUCUUCAGUCACCCACUUCUCCUUACUUGCCUGGCAUGCGGUCAAACAUGGCAUUAAAACGACAACAAUCAAACGAACCCAAUCCUUUCGACAGCGUAACACCGGGAGAAAUACAAAUGCAAAGCUUCCAAGAAGGCCUCCCCCCACCCCCACCAGCAGCCCAUUCUUGGAAAAAGAUUGAUCGAUGGGCUGAGGAGAAUUACGAAGAACUCUACGACCAGCUCUCUGAAGGAUGCACUCAGAAUGAUGUCAACGAGCUUGAGCAUGAGCUUGACUGCUCUUUACCCAUGGAAGUACGCGAAUCUCUACAAGUACAUGAUGGGCAAGAGAGAGGUGGGAGACCCACUGGCAUUAUCUUCGGCUGCAUGCUUCUCGACUGUGAGGAGAUUGUUCAAGAGUGGAAGAAUUGGCGGGUAGUCAAUGAGGAAUAUCUCACAAGCCCGUCAACCAAUCAGACGCAGUUCCCGCCAAAAGCCUUCGGUGGAGCAUCCUCAUCCUCGGUUUCAGCACCAAGCUAUUCAAAAGCUUACGCCCAUCCCGGAUGGAUUCCAUUGGCUCGUGAUUGGGGCGGUAAUAACCUUGCGGUCGAUCUUGCGCCCGGACCCGUUGGGAAAUGGGGUCAGAUCAUCAUCUUCGGCCGAGACUACGACUGCAAGUAUGUUGUUGCUCGAUCAUGGGCCGCUUUUCUCGCAACAGUAGCAGAUGACAUGAGUAGUGAAAAGGUUUUUGUCGACGAGGAGACACAGGAGCUUAAGCUUCGGGAAUUCAAGACCGCCACUGUCGAGCCAGCAUAUCUGAAUAUACUGCGCUGGAGAAUGGAUCAGAAGUAUGGUCGAAAGGGCCCUCGAAGAAGGCCGGGUUCUGGACCAGGUACCAACGCCAAUGGCACCGCUAAUACUGGAUCUCCGUACGGAAGUCCGACUGAAGAAAGAGGACGCUCACCACAAAGGUUUCCUCAUCGUGGGCCGACCCAUACUCAAAGUCCCCGUGGCGCUGUUGGAAAACCCAGCCCUCUGGCUCAAGUGACAGAAGAGAAUGCAGCACCAAAGAUUCACACUGGCGGUGACGCCAAUAGAGAUAUCUUUGCUCAGAACACUGCAGCUAGCGAGCGCAAUGGGAAUCUAGUCGAGAUUGGAAGUCCUACUGGCCCAAACGACGGCUAUAAACAAGCGCCUCUGGGCCAAGCGAUGGAGGCCGACAUGUCUGGUGUGCUAAGCAACGCGACGAACAAAGACAUACAGACCAAGUCAGCGCUAAAAGGCCUUGGGGUUGAUGGUGUCGAUGACAUGAAAAGCGUUGAAAUCUGA